CUCUACUGUUCUGAGGAAAACAUUUGCAUGUGCUUGUGUAUUAGCAUUUAAAUUUUAUUGACCUAUUUUCAGAGUAUAUACAAGUCUAAUAAUCACAGAUUAUCGUUAAAUCCUUCCUGACGAAGAUGAGUUUGGUUCCAUUUAAACUGAUAAUGACGUGAUGAUGCACAUAAAAUCACACGUAUGAAGGUGAUUCCGUUUAGUUUGUUACUUUAAUAUAUGGUAGUUUCGAAAAUGUAUCAAUUAUACUAAUGAUGUAAUUCAAAUGAAAUACUUAUUCAAAUUUCAUAUACAAUUAUUCCGUGGUUAAUAACAGAUUUUGUUUAUUGGAUGGCAGUUAUUUUGAGUUCCACAUGUUCUUCAAUUGUACGAACGUGAAAGAAAAUUGUUAUGUACUUGUUUUUGAGGUUCAGGUUCUCUACAUGAACAGAUUAUAAUAUUCAACUUUACCACAACAGUAAAAAAAGUGAUGAACUCACAUAACUGGUUUAGUUUUGACCAAACAGUUAUGUUUACUGAACAUUCAAAAAAUUCCUCAUUCAAUGUUACAAAUGAUAACUUAAACCCAAUAACUUUUUUUCCAAACAACCAUGAAAUUUAUACAGAUUCGUUUCAUUCAAACUCAGCAAACUUUAUGCAUGAAGAAUUGAAGCAACAGGAUCAUUCAUUUAUUUCAACUAAGAAUGUUCAACGUUCUUAUGUAACGAAAAAACAUCAGAAAUGCACUACAUCUGACAAUGUUAGUUCGCAAUGUUUUAUUGAACCCUCAUUAGUUGUACCAACUGGUAUAAGACGUCGUGGUCCUAAAAAGAAGCCAGAUUCACAAGAACGUGUUGUUAGAAUGAAAAUGAGACGAGCUAGAGCUAAUGCACGUGAACGUAGCCGAAUGCAUGGAUUAAAUUCAGCAUUAGAUGCCUUAAGACAACACAUACCAUCUGCUUUAUUCGGUGGAUAUAUUUCCUUUGAUCUUGAUAAAAAAGAUGACACAACUAUCUGUACUACUCACACCAAUCAAAAACAAAAUGAAAGUAAUAAAUUAUUCUCGAAAAAUCACCAAACCAACAAUCCAAUAGAUCAAAUAAACAACAAUAAUAAUGUGAAUAAUUUUCAUCAAUUUGGUCAAAAAUUAAGUAAAAUUGAAACGCUUCGUUUAGCUUGUAAUUACAUUGGUCUUUUAGCUUCAAUAUUAAAUGAUAUACACUUUGAAUCGAUAACAGAUAUUAUAAAAUAUUUAUGUCAUGGUUUGUCACAAAUAACGACCAAUCAGAUUGCAGCUGCUUUACAAAGUGAUCCUUCUAGAUUAAUGAAGCAUCAUGUAUCUGAUAGUAAUGAAAAUAAGUUACCAUAUGAUCAUUCUUACAAAUCGUCAUCAUCCAUUUCAUCAUCACCAAUUGAUGAUGCUGAUGAUGAUGAUGUUAAUUAUACAAGAAAAAUUCAACAAAAUGUUAUAAGGUCAAAUUUAUUACAAAAUAAAUUGACCGAUGAACAAUUAAUGAACCAUUUAGAUUAUUAUUAUUCAAAUAAUGUUUCAUUGACCAUACCAACUAAUCAGUCUACAUCAAUUUCAAAUGUUAGUCAAUCUCUAGGAAAUUGUUCAUCAAAUUGUACAGAAUUAUUAAAAUCUCAUAAUGAUCUAUUAAAUAAUAAAUUGUAUGAAUAUGAAAAUGUUGUAUAUGAUUAUGAACAAUAUGAAAUGAAUGAAUAUAGUUUAACAAUUCCUUAUCUACCUACUCAUUAUAAUGAAAAUAAUGAUAAUAAUCAGUUAAAUGAAUCAAUGAAUCAUGAACAUUCGAUGAACAAGACAAAAUUACAAUUAAUUAAUAAUGAAGAAAUAAAUUUUAUUACUCCAUUAGAAACUAGUAAUUCAAUUCAUUAUUCAACUGAUUCAAAGGAACCAAUUUUAAAUUCAGAUCCUGAUCUAAGAUCUUAUUCAUAUUAUUGUCAUUAUCAUAAUUUAAAUGGUCAUUAUUAUGAUUCAUAUUGAGUAAUGAAUAUUACUACUUGUUAUUACGAUUAGUAAUUAUGAAAAAAAGGCUUUUUUUUAAUAUAAAGUAAUAUCGAAUUGGAUAAAUAUUAGUGAUAUUGUUAAUAAUAGUUGAAGUUAUCAUAAAUAACAUAAUACGAUCCAUGAUGUUCAUUCAUACAUUUCAAUUAUAUAAUGAUUAAUUUAAACAAAUCAUUCCAUUUCAUUCCUUCAAUUGAAAAAGAUCAAUAUUAACAUGAAUGAUUGUUUUCAUUCUUUGUAAUUGUUUCUUUUAAUUUUAUCAUUGAGUUAUUACUUUAUAUCAUUAAUUAUAAUUAUGAUUAAUAAUGAAGUAAUCUGUUAUUAUGACAUACUUACUUUACUUACUUACGCCUGUUACUCC